GGGCAUGACAGAACAGCAGGAAAAUGUAUCCAUUUGGUAAGGAGGAAGCAGCAUCCCUUGAACGACUCUUCUGGUUCUUCUCUGAAUGUGUGCAAAGGGGAGACUGGGAACUUGCACGGGCCUGUGUCCCUCAGUUACAGCAGUUGCAGGAUGAUGGUUCUGAAAAGGUCGAAAAAAUCCUUCAUGCCCUAAUAAUCUGCCCUUCCCACUUGAGGAGUGAAUCAAAGCACAGUCCUCAAAAACUUGCUUGGUUUUGGCUCCUUGUAUUGCAGGAAUGGCUAUCACACAAACAGAAAACUGUCCCAGUAGCUCUCCAAAGAGAAACUGAAUUCUUGCUUCUCCUAGAAGAACUGGAAAAGGAUGUCCCAUUUGUUGUUCUAAAGGAACUUUAUGAAGCAUUUGAAGACAACCAUUUGUUGCAUAGGAAACAAAGAGAUGGAUCAGUACAGAAAUUUGGUGUGGAGGUGAUGUCUGCUCUUCAAAAAAUGCUCUUGCAAGCUCCCCGGAAAUUGCAAGCCAUAUUGGAACUUCUUCAGCGUGAUCCUGUGGAAUGUAGUUCUUCAGUAAUACAAAGUGGCCUGCCACAGAAUGUUUUUGUUGGCUUUCUUUGGGAUUCACUCAGAUGUUUGAAGCGUCUUCAGCUAAAUCCAGAAUUACUGGAGAGAGAGGGGAAUAAAAUUGCAGAUGAAAUCUAUAACGCCCUGAGUAUGUUGAAUUUGAAGGGGGACAAUCAGACGAGAGAGCUGAGGCUCCUCUGCAGAGAACUUCUGGAUGCCUGUUGGGUUGAGAAGAGUCCUCUUAGAGAGGAGAGGCUACUCAGCUGCAUGUUACGAAAAGACAGCCAUGCCUUGCUUAGUCUCUUUGGCAGUGUAUUUAUUGAGAAGACGAAAGAGAAACUGUUGAGUCAAAAGUCACCAGGCAAAGGUAUACCUGAACAUCCGGAUGCUGAACGGGCAGUGAUGGCAUUGUUCUUGGAUCAUGAGCAGGCUUAUUCUUGGAAAGCUGCUUAUUUCUACUAUCUUAGCAGCCACAAACACUUUUUGGAACAAAUUCUGAUUACAGCAUUAACUUUACUGAAAAGGGAAGACUUCUCAAGCCUCAGCAGAUUACUGAGACAGGAAUUCAGCUACCUCAGUCGCCUCUUGAUAUUGCUUGGUUGGACUCAGUGUGGCAGCUUAGAAUCGGCAAAGAUGCUGCUGCAGACCCUACACAAAUCUCAGGGUUUCUACAAUGACUCUGUAUUAAAAGACUUCUGUGAUGGGUUGUGUGCCCAGGUGGAAGUUCUUGAGUGGUGCAUACAGCAGAAUAGUAACUGCAUCCCGGAGAAGGUUCUUCUGCAGCACCUUCACAGUUUGGAGUGCCAUUCUUCCCUUUACCUUCUGUACCAACUUACAGACCUCUUGGCCUUGAAUGAGGAAGCAGUAAUUGAGCUUUUCCAGAAAACUCCAGCUAAGUACGGAGAAGUUCAAGAUUCAGCAGUGAUGCCAGAUGUUCGCCUUUUGAGUCAACAGCACAAUCUUACUCUUUACCAGGCAUCUUGUGCCAUGAAGUAUGCCACCUAUGCAUUGUGUGUCAAAGCGCAUAGAGGCUCAAAUUGCAGACACUGUGCAAACUACUUUGUCACUGAGCUCCCUAACGAACCUCUGGAGCGGAAUGAAUUUCCCAGUCAACCUCUCUAUCCAGAUUAUGCAAGUCUCUUUCCUCACUAUCUCUCCAAGUGUCAGAAUUAUUUAAGAAGCAUACCUGCUCCUCUAAGGUUGGAACUCCUGGAAAAUAUAUUCUCUUUGCUCUUUGUUUCUUCGCAUGAUCUCUACGGUGAUAGUCUACAAGAAGAUAAUGCAGAAGAUGCUGGCUUCAGGAAAAAAAGCCAUUUGGGCAAGAGAGCAGAGCGUUGUACUAGCCAAGAUUCAUCCACCUCACCAAGUCCUCAGCACACUGUCAGUCCUGAAAGGAGAGCCCACGUGCCCUCUUGCUCUGCACACCAGGAGUACAAAGGAAGCCAAAUGUUGCUCAAUUUGGAAUCAAAAAGCAGAAAUUGUGAUUCCUUUGGGCUGAGCUAUUUGGAUUUGAAACACUUCACUAGUAAUAUCUCUGGAUUUCUGGUAGAUGAGGAAGCGUUGGAAAUAUUUCUCAAAAUGCUCAUGGAGCAUCUGAAAGAAAUUGAAGAUUCUUUUGUGUGGGAUUCAAGACGCAUCCCUACGUUGGAACUGGCUCACGAUCUAUCGAACUUAAAUAGACAUUUAUCCCUCUUGAAAUUGUAGGCACACGUCGUCAAGAGGUUCAUAGAAAGACUUCGAGUCACCGCCGUGUCUUAUCACGAGUCGUUGUUUUUGUGUCCAUUCUUAAUAAUUCUCUAAAAUGAGGAAUUUGGUAGUCAUCGUGGUCCAACUAGAAUAAACUAUAAUUUAACCAAAGCAUCCUUCUUGAAAAAGCAUACUCAGUCUCAAAGACAAAAGCCAGAACACAAAAGAACCUCCCUGGAGAGCUCCAGCAGUGAAUUAAGUAGCACCAGCACAUCAGAAGGCAGUGCCGGUGCCUCUUCUGACUGUAGCGAUGCAGAAUAUUGGAUAAAGCCUUCAGAGAAUUCCCUCAUCCCAGCCAUGCUUUCCCCACCAGAAUCUCUUCUUGUUGCAUGCAUCUUGAGAGGAAAUUACGUCGAAGCUCAUCAGGUUGCUGUUAUGUUUGAUUUGGAAACUUCUGCUUCCUACGGUGAGCUAAUUUUCCUGGAGCGUUACCAAGAAGUGAUUGGGGAGCUAGCAAAAGUGGAACACAAGAUUGAACAUCAAUCAUCGGAGGGAUCUGGAAACCUAAAACAGACCGGCAGUGGCCGUUCAACUCUGCAGGCUAUUGGAAAUGCAGCAGCUGCUGGGAUGGUGUUUUACUCCAUUUCGGAUGUUACGGAUAAGCUGCUUGCCCCUUCAGAAAGCCUUGCACCUGUGCUCCAAGAGAACUUCUGGACUAGCAGCGUCCAACUGGAAUGUACUGACCCUUUGAAUAAUAUUCUGGAAGACCUUUGUCCUUCUGCUAUGGCCAUAUUCGAUUUGGCAACUACCCAGUGCAAUUUAUGGAAAACCUGCAAGCAGCUCUUAGAAACAGCCGAGAGAAAAUUGCAGAAUAGCCUUGAAAUCAAAGGCAGAAGACUUGAUUCCGAUCACCAGAAUCCUGUUGACUUGAAAGGUUUCCCAGCAGUUCUCCAACAAAUAAGUAAAAUUAUCAACAUACCACAAGGACAGCCCAAAUCAGAAAUUUCUGAUGAGAAAAUAAGUUGUCAUUUCCACUGCAGCAUUGUGGAUUUGCUGCAGACCUGUUACCCAGAUCUCACUGCAGACUGUAUUACUAAUCAGCUUGUUUUGUCACAGCAUUUGGAUGAAAUCCUGCAAAAUCUGGCACAUGUAGAAGAUUUCCCAGACUCCAAAGGAAGCGUGCUUGCUUCUUUGGUAGAACAAGCUUUUCUGAAACCAGCAGAAUUAGAGGCACAUCCAGUUUGCGGUCAGAUCAAACAUCUCCUAAAAAUCUUGGACCAAUACGCUGUGACCAUGCAGGAGGGCUAUAGGCAGACGGCCUAUGUACAAACAUUUUUUGAUUAUAUUAACAAGCUGGCUGCCAUUAUCUUUCGAAGCCUCACGCCAGAAAUAGAUCAAUCUGCAGAUAUUCAAGUUGGAAAUCCAUUUAUUUUGCUCCAACAAAGUCCAUCUCACUUGCUAUCCCAGCUUCUAUUUGGGAAACAGAUUGUCCCUGACAGGUUGUCUUCGCUGCUAGCUAAAGAAGAACUGAACUUAAAUGUGCAGCAAGUGAUCAUCAAGUGUUGCUGUAAGGCAUUGCCUCUCUACACCAACAUGCAAAGCAACCAGACUAGAUCCCUUUUGACAAACAUCAGUAGCCUAGCGCAUUUGUACGCAUAUCAUUGUCUGCCAGAUAUUGAGGUUCCAGUGCAUAAUCCAGCCAUGGAGUCUGAGAACACUUCCAAUAAUCCCAUCUCUUCACUGUCUGAUCUUAAUCAGCAUUCACUCACUGCGUCCACCCUCAAUUUUCUAAAAUCUCAGUCAAAACUCUUAGCUACCAUGGCUUGUCUUACUGCCUUAAAAGUGCAAAAGCCACCCAAACAGAGCUUAUCGUGGAUUGAGUUCCGAGGAAAAAGGGAAGCACCCUUGUCUAUGGACCAGAUUUCCAAAGAAUGUGAAAUAUUGUUAAAGGAGUUCCCCUUUCUAGAAAGUUUUCUUCUUGCUAUGUUCGAGCCUCUACAGGAGCCUCAGGAUGAAGGAAUCGGAUUGGCUAGUGAGCUUUGUGGCAAGUCUUACAUCUCAUUGCUUUUCCUGGGAUUGCACUCCUCCCUAGCUGUUGAAGUGUUAAUGGAGACCUUUGAACAAGCUCUCACAGCAAGGGAUUGGCCCAGGGCCCUCAAAAUCUUGGAUUUCUACAGCCAGGAUAUGCAGGAGCUAGUCACCGUACGGGAUGCUGUAUUGAGCUGUGCCACAGCUGAGGAUGAGGAUGGGUGGCAAUACCUGUUUCCAGUGAGAGAUGCAGUGCUGAGGAGCAGACUGGCCCUUCGGUGUCUAGAUAGAUGGCCUCUGGAGGCUUGUCUGGAAAUAUUAGCUUAUUGUGCCUGUGACCCCGAAGUAAUUGAAGAUCUCAGAUUUGAUCUGCAGGGCAAGAUCAAGGAGCUUCAAGUUUAUCAAAAGAUUCUUAGACUACAGACUGUCCACAUCUGGCACGACUGGCAAGCUCUGAAGAGGACCUGUACAGAAGAUCCCCAGGCCAUUGUGGCAAUGAUUUUAGAAGCAAAGGAUUAUGAAUUAUGUGAAGAAUGGGGCCGCUUAUAUUCUGUCCCAAGGGAUCAUUUGAUCAGCCUUCACCAGGAGCACCUCCUUCAUUUGUUGGAAAUGGGAGAUAUGGAAAAAGCUCUCCAGCUCUUGCAAAGGAUAGAUGAUCCAGACAUUCAGUUUGUCAUAAGUGAACGGUGUCUUGAUACAUAUCCUAGCUUAGCAGCUUCUCAUUUUCUUGCGGAUUAUCUCACAACAUACUUCAACCAACACCUGACAGUUAUGCGCCAGAAUGAAAUUCAAGCUCUUUACGUGGGAUCCAAGGUAUUGCUGACUCUUCCUGAGCCUUCCCGAUCUAACUAUUCCCACCUCUCCUGCAAGCCCCUGCUCAUGCUGGAACAGCUAUUGAUGAACAUGAAAGUGGAUUGGGCAGCUGUGGCUGUGCAGAUGUUGCACCAGCUCUUGGUUGGUCAGAAGAUAGGCUUCAGCACAGAAGACAUCGACACAUUGCUCUCCAACUAUGCUGGAAAAGCUCUUGACUUUCCAUUUUCUCUAAAAGAGAAGAGAUCAGAUUCUCUUACUCUGAUUCGAGAGAGCUUGUGUCAGGGAUCUGAAUCUGAUACCUUAUCUAAGUCAGAGUCAACAGAGCAUUUUCCAGCUAGUUCUCCUGAUACAGCGCAUGCUUCCAGCCCAAGAGAGAAAAGUCUCCAGCAAGCUGCCUCUGCGCAGGACUUUGUGCCACCAGAGAAGCCCCCACCAAAACAGCAGUGGAUCCCAGAUGACACUGAAGUCACAUGCAUGGUUUGCAAAACAGAACGCUUUACAAUGUUUAAUAGGAGGCAUCACUGCAGACGUUGUGGGCGACUGGUGUGCAGUUCCUGUUCUACCAAUAGAAUGGUUGUGGAAGCUUGUAAGGAAAACUCAGCUCGUGUGUGUGAUCAGUGCUACAGUUAUUUCAACAAGGAUUAUUCAACAACUACAUCCCAUGACUCAGAAAUGUUUGUAUCUUCUGAUAAUGAAUGCCCAGAUUACUCUGCAGUGGUACAAAUACCAAAGCCAACAGAAUUUGAAUGGCAGCUUUCUUUGAUGGAAGAAGACAAUAAAAUGGUGCGCGGUGAAUUCUUUUAUGAACAGGCUCCUAGUGCAUCCUUGUGUAUUGCCAUCUUCAAACUGCAUUCUGACAGCAUUUCCUGUGGUCAGCAGUUGAUAGACUAUUGCUGCAAAUUGUCUCGAAGCCUGGCAAACCCUGAAGUGGAUGCUGGUCUCCUCAUAGAUAUCAUGAAACAGUUGCUUUUCAGUGCCAAAAUGAUGUUUGUAAAAGCUGGGAGGAACCAGGAGUUAGCUCUUUGUGAUAGUUACCUCAGCAAGGUGGAUGUGUUGAACAUUUUAGUAGCUGCUGCUUAUCAUCAUGUUCCAUCUCUGGAUCAGAUAUUAGAGCCUGCAGCAGUUAGUAGGCUAAGAAAUCAACUUUUGCAAGCAGAAUACUAUCAACUGUCUGUAGAGGUUUCUACCAAGACUGGCCUGGACCCAGGUGGAGCAUGGCAUGCGUGGGGCAUGGCUUGCCUUAAAGCUGGAAAUCUGACUGCUGCCAAAGAAAAGUUCAGUCGAUGCUUAAAAUCACCUCUUGACUUGAAUCAGCUCAGUCUGGGUUCCCGUCUGGUCCAGGAAGUACUUCAGUAUUUAGAAACCACAGUGAAACCCAUUCUUUCAGUGCAGGACGAUGACUAUUUGGCCACGCUGAGAGAACUGGAAGCAACGCUGAGGACACGAAGCCUCUCUCUGGAGAUGACGCCAGAGGGGAAGAUGCAACACAACAGCUAUUAUCAAGAAUGCCUUUUCUAUUUGCACAAUUAUGGCACCAAUCUAGCAAUCAUUAGUUUUUAUAUGAGGCAUGAUUGUAUGCGGGAAGCUCUGCUGCAUUUGUUAAAUAAGGAAAGUCCACCAGAUGUAUUCAUUGAAGGCAUCUUUAUCCCAAGUUAUAAAAGUGGAAAACUUCACAUGUUGGAGAACUUGCUGGAAACCAUAGAUCCAGGACUAGAGAGCUGGGGUGUCUAUCUCAUUGCAGCCUGCAAACACUUGCAGAAAAAGAAUUAUUACCAUAUCUUGUAUGAAGUGCAGCAGUUUAUGAAGGAUCAAGUUCGUGCUGCUAUGACCUGCAUUAGAUUUUUCACAGACAAGGCAAAGUCUUAUACUGAGUUGAAAGAAAGGCAAAAAUGGCUCUUAAAGGUCAAAGACCAUCUUAAAGUUUACCUUCAAGAAGUUUCUAGGAGUUCAGGAAGAAAAAAAUUUGCAUGCUCUUUUCGCAAGAAAAUGUCUGCUCCUGAUGUAUCAAGGCACAUCAGUACAGUUGAGCUUCAGAUGGAAGUAACAAAAUUCCUCCAUCGUCGUGAAAAGUCAGGAUCUUUAUGUAUAGCUGAUUUACCUGUGCCUACCCUGUUUGGAAACAAUCCAAUGAAGAUUGAGGUUGCUUGCAAGGUCAUGUUGGAAGGCAAAAACAUUGAAGAGGGAUUUGGGAUCGCAUUUAGAAUACUGCAGGACUUCCAGCUGGAUGUUGCUGCUAUAUACAAUAAAGUGGCUAGGCAGCUGGUGAAGCAGCAGAGCUACAGCGAGAUCAGGCAGCUCAUUAAAUGUAUCAAGGAAUCUGGUGCCGCAGAUAAAAAUGAUGGGGACAAUGUCAUCCUCAGUUGCUUGGAUGAGUUUGAUUCUAUCCCUGCGGAGGAGUUGGAUAAUUUGAUCCAGGAUAUGGACAGUGAUGAAAACAAAAUUCAGGCAUAUUUGAAAUGCCACAAACUACGUUCUGCCUACCUUAUCUCAGUAAAACAAGAAAACAUAAGAGCUGUGCAGCUGGUUCAACACAUACGGCAAAUGGCAGAGGAUGGUGGGGAUGAUGUAGUGCAGGCCAUCUGCACCCAGUGGCUUUCGGUACAUCACACUAAGCCGAGAAGCUGGCUUACCCAAAAUUCCAAGAAGUGAUUCCCAGAAAUUUGUUGGGAUGUUUGUUUCUAGAAAGGGAAAAUGUUACAUUGUGCUAGAGUCAAUUAUGGCUGCAAACUGGAAAGAAGCUGCUUGAAUGCCUUUACUCAAAGGGAAAAGAUCGACUUCCUUAAAGUGCCAGUCAUGAUGCAGUGACAACCAACUACCUCUACUUCAGGGGGUUUAUUCUUUACAUACUUCAUAUUUUCAGUGCUGCUUCAGCUGUGUUUUUACUUUAUGAUCAUGGAGAUCUCUCUCCGUUAGGCACUAUUUUAUUAAUGCAAAUCCCACAUCAACAAGAGUUUAAUAACAGCUUGUGAUUCCCGACACUGCAAAGCUACAGCCAACUCCAUAAAGAAACAAGUAGCAUUUUGAGAUGGGUACAGUUGCUUUUCAUAAGAAAAAGCUGUAGCUGAAUUCUGUGCAUAAGAGAUAACAGGCCUGUAAGUCUACACCUGUUACUAUCUGAGGCGAGAAAAUAACCAGUUAACACAGAAAAGGGAGCAACAAACGACGAAGUUGAAUAGUAGCUGCCAUUUGGAACCUGUACCCAUAUUUGCCACCCUCCCCCAAACAGUUUGAAGUUCUCAUUGUCCUUUCAAUGACAUAAUAUCGAAAACAGUGAGACCACAGCAUGAUCUGUAUAAGAGGAUAUGACUGUAAUUGAUGACAUUUUUAACUUGAAAAAUUCAAACUGUUAUCAAAAUUGUAUUGGUUGUAAGAUAUUAUUCAGGAUGGUUUUAUCUUUGAGGGUUUUUUUAAAAAAAAAAAUAGAUGAACAUCAUCUGUUCCCACUAAUUUCAGCAAACGGUCUAAGCUACCCUUUCCAGGGAAACAACAGCCAUAUUUCACACCUACAAGUGUAGUAAUCCUUAAUUCAUUGGAUUUGGCAGCCAGAAAUAACUUUGAGGUUAAGUAACUGGGGAGGGCUAUAUUUAGCUUCUAUCUUUUCAUACCUUUUGGAUCUUGGGAGAUUAUCCUAUUAGGAAUCUAAGAGUUAUAAAAUCUGCUUUUGCUGCCUAUCGAGCUCAACUGCCAUGAGUCCCAGGAGAUAGUCUGACUGGGCUUUCUGUGACUUUGAUUACUUCUUCCAGAAGUAAGAAAAAAACAGGAUUCAUUAUUCUCUCUGUGUUAAGCUAUACUGCCUAUUGAGUUGGGUGUGCAACAUGGCUUGUACUUUCAUCUCCAAGCUCUUCUCAUCAAUACCUUCCAAAGGGAAGAAAGGAACGACUUGUGUGGGAGAGAAAAUUGAGACGAUUGUUGGGUCCACUCUUUGCACUGCAUUUUAUGCACUUUAUAUUGUUAGUUACUCGGAUUCUUUAGGAUUUUUAAAGGAUCCCUUUCUCACCAGCAAAACCUGUCCUGUGAACUAUCCUGUACUAAACUGCGAUGGAGGAAUUCUAAACUUCCAAUGAACAAAAGUGUUAAACUCUCAUUGAGAAAAUAAAGAAUUUGGGCAAGUU